AAAAAACUUUUACAGUUGUUGAUGAAACGACUCGUCAUUAGUCAUAUUGUCAAUAUUUUAUCGUAAUAUUUAUUCAUGCGCGCGUGCACGCGCGCACGCACACACACACACACACACACACGUUAGAAAAGAGACGUAGAGCUUGAGAAUAUAAAAAGAUGAAAUAUUGUCAAUUUUCAUUCGUUCGCGUAGAAAUGGUCGACAAGACAGAUCGCGGCCGAUAGUGUCGAACGACAGUUUGGGCGGACAGGUGAGAUAGCUAGAUUGUUACCUGGCAGGCGGCAGGAAGCGACUGGAAGCGAGUUGGCAAACGCUCGCCGCUCGGCUCAGCCACCAGUCGGUUCGUCACAGUUGGUUGUGUACUGGUCGUGUACGACGGGUGGUACCAACCCGGUAAUAUCCCCUCGUCGUAGCGAACGCGGUGGGGAAACUCGAAUGCUCGAAGCGAUCCGAAACGCGCGAGGCCUUACCACCACCUCCGCCAGCGACUAGCCAGCUUCCACUUGGCACACCCGAUCCGAGCCGAAUCGAAGCCGAGCGGAUACGUGUUAAUGUGCCGGUUCACCGUGGUUCCAUCCUUUGGAACGACGACGAUCGUUCUUCGCGGUGAUUACCGCGCAACUCUGCAAAUCGCGACCGGUUGUGUUUGUACUCCUGUGCGAUCUCACCUUCAUUACUUUAAGCUUACGUUUAAUCUCGUGAACAUAUCUCGCCUAUUCGUUCGAUCGUUUGUUGGUUCGUUCGUGCGUUCGUUCGUUCGUUCGUUCGUUCGUUCGUUCGUUCGUUCGUUCGUUCGCUCGCUCGUUCGCCGUGCUCAUCUCCGAAGAGACCGGACAUGAGAAACGAGCAGCCCGUCGAAAGUCUAAUGCCAGUGUAGUGUCUCUUAAUGGAGCGUACCGCCGCCGCCGUCGACGUAUAGCCGCUCUCGUCGUGUUUCUCGUUACUCGCAACAGGCGGAGUGCCGACAACCACGACUUAAGAGAUGGUCAUCGUCACACGGGGGGAUUAUAUAUGGAUCGAACCAAUCUCAGGUAGGGAAUUUGACGUCGCGAUCGGAGCGCGAGUCAUCUCGGCGGAAGGCAGACGUAUUCAAGUAAAGGACGACGACAACAAGGAACAAUGGCUAACGCCAGAGAGACGAAUAAAGGCCAUGCAUGCCACUUCGGUGCAAGGUGUAGAAGAUAUGAUCAGUUUAGGAGACCUCCAUGAAGCGGGCAUUCUGCGAAAUCUAUUGAUACGUUACAAUGAGAAUCUCAUUUACACAUAUACGGGCUCCAUCCUGGUCGCCGUCAACCCGUACCAGAUAUUGCCUAUUUAUACCGCGGAGCAAAUUAAACUUUACAAGGAUCGUAAAAUCGGGGAGCUACCACCGCACAUAUUUGCCAUCGGCGAUAACAGCUACGCGCAUAUGAACCGAUAUGGCCAAGAUCAGUGUAUAGUAAUUAGUGGCGAAAGCGGAGCAGGAAAGACAGAAAGCACGAAAUUAAUUCUGCAAUAUCUAGCUGCGAUAAGCGGAAAACAUUCGUGGAUCGAACAACAGAUCUUGGAAGCGAAUCCAAUACUCGAAGCUUUUGGUAACGCAAAGACCGUAAGAAACGACAAUUCCUCCCGUUUCGGCAAGUACAUCGAUAUUCAUUUCAACGAGCAAGGUGUGAUAGAAGGAGCCAAGAUAGAGCAAUAUCUUCUAGAAAAGUCACGGAUUGUGUCUCAAAGUUUGGACGAAAGAAAUUACCAUAUUUUUUAUUGUAUGCUAGCUGGUCUUUCUAAGGAGGAGAAACAAAAGCUCGAGCUAGAAGAUGCGUCCACGUAUAAAUAUCUCAUAGGGGGUGGCGGCAUUACUUGCGAAGGGCGUGACGAUGCGGCCGAAUUCGCCGAUAUAAGAUCAGCUAUGAAGGUAUUGCUAUUCUCCGACGUGGAAAUCUGGGAGGUACUUAAAUUGCUCGCGGCUUUGUUGCAUAUGGGCAACAUUAAGUACCGAGCCACCGUUGUAGAUAAUUUAGACGCUACGGAGAUCCCAGAGCAAACAAAUGUACAAAGAGUGGCAUAUCUAUUGGGAGUGCCGAUACAGUCCUUGAUAGAUGCACUUACUCGCAGAACUAUAUUCGCGCAUGGUGAGACUGUAGUUUCUACGUUAUCAAGAGAUCAGUCGGUCGACAUCAGAGACGCGUUUGUCAAGGGCAUAUACGGCCGAUUAUUCAUACAUAUUGUAAAAAAAAUUAACGAGGCCAUAUACAGGCCGAAGAAUAAUUCCCGGAGUGCUAUAGGCGUAUUGGACAUCUUCGGCUUCGAGAACUUCAACCACAAUAGCUUUGAGCAAUUUUGCAUUAAUUAUGCUAACGAGAAUCUUCAACAAUUUUUUGUUCAGCAUAUAUUCAAGCUGGAACAAGAGGAAUACAAUCACGAGGGCAUUAACUGGCAACAUAUAGAAUUCGUCGAUAACCAAGACGCUUUAGAUCUGAUAGCUAUCAAACAGCUUAACAUUAUGGCGCUUAUCGAUGAAGAAUCGAAAUUUCCAAAAGGCACGGAUCAAACCAUGUUAGCGAAAAUCCAUAAAACUCAUGGCAGUCAUAGGAAUUAUUUGAAACCUAAAUCGGACAUCAAUACAUCCUUUGGCUUGAAUCACUUCGCGGGCGUCGUCUUUUACGACACGAGGAGUUUCCUAGAGAAAAACAGAGACACCUUCAGCGCGGACUUGUUGCAACUUAUUCAUAUAUCAUCAAAUAAAUUUCUCCAAGCUUGCUUCGUUGAGGACAUUGGCAUGGGAUCGGAAACCAGAAAGAGAGCACCCACAUUAUCGACGCAAUUCAAGAAAUCGUUGGAUUCACUCAUGAAAACUCUGUGCAGUUGUCAACCCUUUUUUAUAAGAUGCAUCAAACCGAAUGAAUAUAAAAAACCAAUGAUGUUCGAUCGUGGUCUCUGCUGUCGACAAUUGAGAUAUUCCGGUAUGAUGGAAACUAUCAGAAUUCGACGAGCUGGUUACCCUAUUCGCCAUUCCUUUCACGAGUUUGUAGAAAGAUAUCGAUUUCUCAUCUCGGGCAUUCCACCCGCGCACAAGGUGGACUGUCGCGCAGCUACUUCGAAAAUCUGUCACGCGGUGUUAGGUCGGUCAGAUUACCAGCUUGGACACACCAAGGUCUUUCUCAAAGACGCUCACGAUUUGUUCCUCGAGCAGGAGCGCGAUCGUGUGUUGACGCGCAAGAUCCUGAUACUGCAGCGGAAUAUCCGCGGCUGGGUUUACAGAAGAAGGUUCCUCAGGAUGAGGGCGGCUGCGAUGAUCGUGCAAAAGUAUUGGCGGGGCUACGCGCAACGUCAACGAUACAAGCGUAUGCGAAUCGGUUAUAUGCGAUUGCAAGCGCUCAUCAGAUCGCGCGUGUUGUCGCACAGAUUUAGACACUUGCGCGGCCAUAUCGUCGCACUUCAGGCACGAGCCCGAGGUCACUUAGUACGUAAAAUGUACCGGAAAAAGCUGUGGGCCAUAGUGAAAAUACAGGCGCACGUUAGAAGACUGAUCGCGCAGAGACGAUAUAAAAAAAUCAAAUACGAGUAUCGAUUGCACGUGGAAGCGCUACGAUUGCGGAAGAAGGAAGAGCGCGAACUCAAGGAUCAAGGCAAUAAGCGAGCCAAGGAAAUUGCGGAACAAAACUAUAGAGAGCGCAUGCAAGAACUGGAAAGGAAGGAAAUCGAGAUGGAGUUGGAAGAUAGACGACGAAUGGAAAUAAAGAAAAAUUUGAUUAACGACGCGGCUAAGAAACAAGACGAGCCAGUGGACGAUAGUAAACUGGUCGAAGCAAUGUUUGAUUUCUUGCCAGAUUCUAGCAGCGAAGCUCCGACGCCAGCGAGGGAAACAUCUGUGUUUAACGAUCUUCCCGUACCGAAAGCCGAUCAACAUCAGGAGAUAAUUAGCCCGAUUCAGAUGGCCUCGGAAGAUGAGGAGGAUCUGUCCGAAUUUAAAUUCCAGAAAUUUGCAGCCACAUAUUUCCAGGGUAACAUCACGCACCAAUAUUCUAGGAAACCACUCAAGCAUCCACUAUUGCCGUUACACACGCAGGGCGACCAAUUGGCCGCUCAGGCUCUGUGGAUAACUAUACUGCGAUUUACGGGCGAUUUACCCGAGCCACGAUUCCAUACAAUGGACAGGGAUACGACUUCGGUAAUGUCGAAAGUGACGGCGACACUCGGACGGAAUUUUAUAAGGAGUAAAGAAUUUCAGGAGGCUCAGAUGAUGGGCAUGGAUCCUGUACGUGAAACAUUUCUCAAGCAGAAGCCGCGUUCAAUCAGGCACAAGUUAGUAUCGCUAACCCUGAAGCGAAAGAACAAAUUGGGCGAGGACGUACGCAGAAGGCUACAAGAGGACGAGUAUACCGCUGACAGCUACCAAUCCUGGUUAGAGGCCAGACCUACGUCAAACCUCGAGAAGCUACACUUCAUCAUCGGGCACGGUAUAUUGCGUGCCGAAUUGCGAGAUGAAAUAUACUGCCAAAUCUGCAAGCAAUUGACCAACAAUCCAUCAAAGUCAUCGCACGCCCGAGGUUGGAUCCUGCUGUCUCUCUGCGUCGGCUGUUUCGCACCCUCUGAGAAGUUCGUCAACUACCUGCGCGCCUUCAUUAGGGAGGGACCACCUGGUUACGCGCCCUACUGCGAGGACAGGCUCAAGAGAACCUUCAACAAUGGCACACGCAAUCAACCUCCGAGUUGGCUUGAACUUCAGGCUACCAAGUCGAAGAAGCCGAUUAUGUUGCCAAUCACCUUUAUGGACGGCAAUACCAAGACCUUGCUGGCCGAUUCGGCCACUACCGCUAGAGAACUAUGUAACCAAUUGUCCGAUAAGAUCUCAUUAAGGGAUCAAUUCGGCUUCUCUCUGUACAUUGCUCUAUUCGACAAGGUGUCGUCCUUGGGCAGCGGUGGCGAUCACGUGAUGGACGCAAUCUCGCAAUGCGAGCAGUAUGCUAAGGAACAGGGCGCACAAGAACGGAACGCGCCGUGGAGAUUGUUUUUCAGGAAGGAGAUUUUCGCGCCCUGGCAUGAACCGACCGAAGAUCAGGUAGCCACGAAUUUAAUCUAUCAGCAAGUGGUACGCGGCGUCAAGUUCGGUGAAUAUCGCUGCGAUAAGGAGGAAGACUUAGCGAUGAUUGCGGCGCAACAAUAUUAUAUAGAAUAUCACACCGAUAUGAACGUCGAUAGACUGUAUACCCUUCUGCCAAACUACAUACCGGACUAUUGUUUGACAGGGAUCGACAAAGCGAUCGAUCGAUGGGGACACCUCGUCUUGCAGGCAUAUAAAAAAAGUUACUAUUUGAAAGAGAAAGUACCAGCGCUACGUGUUAAAGAGGAUAUAGUCGGUUAUGCCAAGUUCAAGUGGCCUUUGUUGUUCUCUCGUUUUUAUGAAGCUUACAGAAAUUCCGGUCCAAACCUACCGAAAAAUGACGUUAUCAUAGCGGUUAAUUGGACCGGAGUGUACGUCGUCGAUGAUCAGGAACAAGUUCUCCUGGAAUUAUCCUUCCCCGAAAUUACCACCGUAUCUAGUCAAAAAACAAACAAGAUGUUUACGCAAACAUUUAGUUUAUCGACGGUACGGGGAGAAGAAUUCACGUUCCAAAGCCCAAACGCAGAAGACAUCCGUGAUUUAGUGGUAUAUUUUUUGGAAGGACUCAAGAAGCGCAGCAAGUUUGUUAUAGCCCUGCAAGAUUACAAGGCACCGGGCGAAGGCUCGUCGUUCUUGAAUUUUCAGAAGGGUGAUCUCAUCGUCCUCGAAGAUGAGAGUACCGGCGAGACUGUGCUCAACUCGGGAUGGUACGUUGGAACCUGUGAAAGGACUGGCGAGAAGGGCGAUUUCCCGGCUGAGACGGUUUACGUUUUACCUUCCUUGACAAAACCACCAAAUGAUAUAUUGGCCUUAUUCAGUAUGGAAGGCACAGAGAAUAGUCGUAGACUCUAUCCGCAGCAGAUGAACGGUAUAGACUCUCGCGAUAAACCCCAUACUCUUUUAGAAUACGCAAUCGACCAUUUCAGAACACCGCCGAAGAGAACAAUGUCCAAGACACUGACUUUAACAUCCGCGCGACGUGGCCACACGGACGAAUUGUGGCAUCAUUCUAGAGAACCGAUAAAGCAACCUCUUUUGAAGAAACUUGUAUCCAAGGAGGAGCUAGCCGAAGAAGCGUGUUUCGCUUUCAAUGCAAUUCUAAAAUAUAUGGGCGAUUUGCCGACAAAACGACCACGUAUUGGUAACGAAUACACCGAUCUAAUCUUUGACGGACCGUUGAAGAAUGAGAUUUUACGAGACGAGAUUUAUUGUCAGAUUAUGAAGCAGCUCACCGAUAACCGCAACAGAUUGAGCGAAGAGCGAGGGUGGGAGCUAAUGUGGCUCGCCACUGGGCUGUUUACUUGUAGCCAGAGUCUCUUGAAGGAAUUAACUCUGUUCCUGCGUACAAGGCGCCAUCCCAUAUCCCAAGACUCUUUACAAAGAUUGCAGAAAACCUUGCGCAAUGGUCAACGAAAGUAUCCGCCGCAUCAAGUAGAAGUGGAAGCUAUUCAGCAUAAAACUACGCAAAUAUUUCACAAGGUCUAUUUUCCAGACGACACAGAUGAGGCAUUCGAAGUUGACUCGUCUACCAGAGCGAAAGAUUUUUGCCAAAAUAUCGCACAAAGACUUAAUCUGCGAUCUGCUGAGGGCUUUAGUCUAUUCGUCAAGAUUGCUGAUAAAGUUAUUUCUGUCCCAGAAGGCGAUUUUUUCUUCGAUUUCGUACGACAUUUGACUGAUUGGAUCAGAAAAGCUAGACCAUCGCGAGACGGAGUGUCACCACAAUUCACGUAUCAAGUGUUCUUUAUGAAGAAACUUUGGACAAAUACAGUUCCUGGUAAAGACAGAAACGCCGAUUUGAUUUUCCAUUUCCAUCAAGAACUUCCCAAGUUAUUGAGAGGAUACCACAAAUGUACAAAAGAAGAAGCAUCGAGAUUAGCGGCCUUGGUAUAUAGAGUACGAUUCGGCGAGAGUAAACAAGAAUUACAAGCGAUUCCACAAAUGCUAAGAGAACUCAUACCGGGCGAUUUGAUCAAGAUACAGGGUUCUAAUGAUUGGAAAAGAUCGAUAAUCGCUGCCUAUAAUCAAGAUGCUGGCAUGAGUCCAGAAGACGCGAAAAUUACAUUCCUGAAAAUCGUAUAUCGAUGGCCGACAUUCGGCUCGGCGUUCUUCGAGGUGAAACAAAGCACGGAACCGAAUUAUCCCGAAUUGUUAUUAAUCGCUAUCAACAAACACGGCGUGAGCCUCAUACAUCCUCAAUCUAAGGACAUACUCAUCACUCAUCCCUUUACAAGAAUCUCCAAUUGGUCAUCUGGCAAUACCUAUUUCCAUAUGACGAUAGGGAACCUUGUACGCGGCUCGAAGCUCUUGUGCGAAACCUCACUGGGUUACAAAAUGGAUGAUCUCUUGACUUCCUACAUUUCGCUCAUGCUCACGAACAUGAACAAACAACGCACGAUACGAAUCAAAUAGUAAAAAUUAAGCAAAAGUGACAGUGAAUUGAAAGGAAUAUUCUGUAGGGCAACUGAAUAUAUCGUGCAAAUACGUCUUGCAAAGUGCUGACAUUAAAAUUAUCGCUCACGAAUUUCUUAAUUUAAUUUCUCUUUUUACGAUUGAUUUUUACACAUCAAUCAGCAAUAAUAUUCGAUACUACGACGGAUACCAUUAACAGUCUCUUUUCAGCAUGAAUUUAUUUCCAUCUGAUUGACAAGAAAUAAUAAUUUAAAUUUUCAUUUUAUAUAUACUCGAUAUAUUUAUCAUUGUUCAUGUUAUAUUGUACACGACGUAAGAGUUUCAGCAACUUUAGAAUGAUUAUAAUGGUUUUUCAAUUUAUAUCAGAGAAUAUGGAUAUAGUAUAUUCGAUAUUAUACUUACAUAUUUACCUGUUAGUUUAUAAUUCAUAACAAUAUAUACAAAAGAAAUAACAAAUUUAUUUGUACACAAGUUGUUGUAGCUAAUAGAUUUGUACAUGAUUUAUACUUACAAUUAGGAAUUUUUCAUUGCUUUGUAUAAAAUAUUAUUCCAUUUAUUAUACUCUAAAUAUCAUUAAUAGAUCCUGUAACUCACAAAUUCAUAUUACUAUCUCCAUAGAAUUAUACGCACCGUACGUGCGUAUAAAUGUCACACGGGCAUAACGGCUAUGCAUAUUUGAGGAGAUAAGAUUUGCAAUAAUUCUGCGAAUCUACAGCCGAUGACGAAUAAUUAGAAUAUUAUCCGUUCAGUGAGCCGUUUAUUAUUAGGUACUUGUGGCGUAAGUUAAAUUUUGGAAACGGACGAGUCUUUCUCUCGUAAAGAUAUGGAAGACAUAACAUGAUGUAUUCACAGAGAAAGAAAUUUUCCAAAUUUGCCUUGUUACCUCUAAAGAGUAGAAUUUCGAAACAAACGUCUCGCGUAAGAAUGUAAUUACUAUUAAUUCGCAUUUAUAAUUGUGAAUAAAGACAACCAUAUUUUCCAUGCGCAAA